AAAAAAGUGGUGGGGUUUUGAUUUUCUGUUUAAUGGUUUGCUUUUCUGGAUGCGUUAAUGGGUUGUUGUUGUUGUUGCUGCUGCUUGUUUUUAAAUACUUGUAGUUAAAUACUGGUUCUGUCUUUCUUUCUUUUAUGGGUGGAAUAAGGUUUCUGAAUCGUUUGUUGGUUGAUUUUGGUAGUAGAGAGUGAAAUGGUGGAGGGUUUUAAAAGUGGGGAGUCUCUUAAUCAGAGGUUACCUGCUGAAGCCCCGGAAAUUGAAGAAGAUUCAAAAUCUGUGGGUUUUGGGGGAUUAUAGGAGAUUAAUCUCGAGGAAACGAAAUGACGGUUGAUCAGGAGGAUUCUGAAGCUAUUGAAGAGGAAAAGAAGAAGAAGACAAGGAAAAAUGUUUUAGUGGGGAUUAGGAUGAAUGGGGAUAGCAGAGACCUGCUCAAUUGGUCGAUUGUUAAAGUUGCUGAUCCUGGGGAUUGUGUCAUUGUAAUCUAUGUUUGUCAAAGUUCUGACCGUGCAUCAAAAGAUAAGCCCUUAUUUGAUGAAUUCUUAGAAGGAUACAGAAGCCUUUGUGAUGUAAACAAGGUAACUUUCAUUGCUCACAUGGUGACUGGAAGUUCGGUUAAGAAGACUCUAGUCAGGCAGGCAAAAAUCUAUGCUGCUGGGGCCGUGGUUUUGGGAACAAGCAAACCAUGUAAUCUUGGGGGUUGGUCUUCAAUAACCAGAUAUUUUGUUAAGCGUCUGCCUCCAACCACUAAUAUUUUGGUUCUCAACAAUGGCAAAAUUGUCUUCAGAAGAUCCACCAAUGAUCAACUAACAGGCUUGAGUCUAGACCCAAAACCAAGUUUUAGUCAGGCUAGUCAAUCCGACUUUGAUGGCUCUGAGACUGAGAAAUCUGUUUCUUAUGGGGUUGGUAGUGAAGACUUGAAGGAUGAAGUUGAUGGAGUUGUCCUAGAAAGUAAAAGAAAUUGUUCCAAACCAGAUUCUGCAAUGAUGAUGGAGCAUUCCGAGCCGGGGCUUGGUUGGCCAUUGCUCCGAACGACUCCAAGGAUUUCGCAAACCUCAUCUGUACAUAACAUGUCUGUAGUGCAAUGGGUGAUGAACUUACCUGAUCGUUCCCCACAUCGAAGUUUAAGCAUAACAGUAAAUGAUCCAUCGAAAAGUGAGAUCCAUCGAAAAGUGAGAGCUAAAGGAAAUUUAUCUUCCUUUUCUGAACUACCAGAAGACUUGGAGGAUCUCCUGAAAACUAACUCAACUACUUAUAAAUGGUUUAGUCCUUACGUGUUGAAAACUUCAACUUCUCAUUUCUCUUCAGAAAACCUGAUUGGGAAAGGUGGUUGCAAUCUUGUUUACAAAGGAAUACUCCCAAAUGGGAAGCCAGUAGCCGUUAAAGUAAUGAACUCGUCCAAACAGGCAUGGGACGAAUUUUUUCGGGAAGUUGACAUUAUGUCCUCAUUACAUCACAAAAACAUAAGUCCCUUUCUCGGUAUCUGCAUCGCAGACAAUAAAUUGAUCUCUGUUUAUGAUUUCUUUUCCAAAGGAAGUUUAGAGGCAAAUCUAUAUGGUAGGAAUAAAGAAAAGAACAUACUUUCAUGGGAGGUAAGAUUCAGGUUGGCUAUUGGAAUUGCAGAAGCGCUGAACUACUUACAUGACGAAUGUCCCCGACCUGUUGUGCACCGAGAUGUUAAGACUUCAAACAUUCUGCUCUCUGAUGAACUCGAACCCAAGUUAUCGGAUUUUGGGCUUGCUAUAUGGGGACCAACAGAAUCAUCCUUUCAGAUUGAAGCUGACGUGGUCGGAACAUUUGGAUAUCUUGCUCCGGAAUAUUUCAUGUAUGGAAAAAUGAGCAAUAAGAUUGAUGUGUAUGCCUUUGGUAUAGUUCUACUUGAACUGUUAUCGGGAAGGAAAGCAAUCAGCGCUGAGACUUCUAAAGAGCAACAGAGCUUGGUUAUGUGGGCCAAGCCAAUCACAGAGAGUGGCAAUGUGAAGGACAUAGUUGAUCCAAAUUUGGAGGGAAAAUUUGACGAGGAACAGUUGCAGAGAAUGAUUCUUGCAGCAACCCUUUGCAUCACAAGAGCAUCUCGAAUCCGUCCUAGAAUUAGUCAGAUAUUGAAGAUUCUAAGAGGAGAAAGCGAUACCGAAACCCUCCCUGUGGAGGAUUCACAAAGUGUAGAGAAUGGAGAUGAUGAAGUUUAUCCAAAUUCAAGUUCUGAACUGCAUUUAAACCUUGCAUUGCUUGGUGUUGAUGAUGAUGGUGGAGACUCAUUUAACAGUAUGGAACAAAAAAAAAAGCUUACAUUGGAAAAAUAUUUCAAAGAAAGAUGGAGCAGAUCCUCAAGCUUCAACUAGCUUCUUCUUCAGAGAUAUGUAUCAGUUUCCCCUUAUCUUAGACUGUAUAUUAGUCAAUAAUCUAUAGAACAAAAAUUAUACAAAUUUAAACUGUACAAUCAUUAAUAUUCGUAUGCACCCUUUUCUGAGGUGAUCAUUUCUUAAAGGCUUGUAAAUAUUUCAGUUUCUUUCUUUUCAUUGUUUGUAAGGGCAAUUAAAUCAGUCCAUGGGACCAUAUUUACCAAAAUAUCAAUUAAUUAGUGUUGUUGGAUGGCAGACAAUAACAUUUUGUUAUAUUUGUAAAUAUUUUAUUUCGUUCUGUUAUAUUUAAAAACAACAUUCUUUGAAUGGAAGUGACCUAAGUGAUUAUUUA